UUUAUUUGUGUCAUCUCGAGAUUAUUUUUUAACAAGCUUGCACAAUUAAGUAAUUAAUCAUACGUUAUUUCGUGUAUCGUUUUGGUAAAUAUCUAGUACCGAAAUUUGGUAAGAAGUAAAUUGUUCCCCGACAUGGAGGGACUUCUUCACCGUGUCGAAAAAUUGGAACAGGUCGUCACACAAAUUGCAAAAUGGAUACAUUUCUCAGAAGUUAUGGAUUUUGGUAUUUUGGGUAGUACUAAGGUUGCUGAUAGGAUAUCAACUACCUCCGGAAAUCCGGGAUCUCCUCAAAGAAAACGCAAACGAGCCAGGAGAAAGACUAAAUCUGGAGGAACAAGCAGGCACGAAGUAGGAGAAAGUUGUACCACAGAUGAAAGCGAAAUUGAAGAGGAAGUUAUUAACGUAACACAAAAUACGGACUUAAUAACAACAAAUAAUUCCGCUGCUACAAUUGUUGAAGAAGUUACAAACUUAGAAAUUGUCAAAGUCGAGGAUUACGCGAUCGACGUAAAUAACGAUGACGAUGCUAAUAAUACCACUGAAGGCGAACGAUUCACAAUUCAUGUUGAUCAUACUGCAGACUAUUCACCCUUCGAACUGGAAUGUUUACGAAACCAGUCAGUUUUGCUAGGGAGGAUGGAAACGAUAGAAAGUCUGUUGUUAACUUCCCUCCAAAAUAAGAAUGACGCCGAUGUUGUUUCUCGCAGUUGGAUUUGGCCCCUUAAAACGGAACAGGAAAUGAAUAAAGUUGAACUGUGGCUGCAGCAGGAUGAGCGGCACUAUCAACAUGAGGUGUUGGCAUUGUCAAAAAUCGGUGGGACAUCGGAAAGUAAAUGUGUCUAUAACACGUUGCAAUGGACGAUAGCCCACGAACUCGCGUUAAAUUUACGUUUUACCAAUAAAAGUGGAAAGACUUCGUUUGGCGAUAAGCUAAUCGCCCAGCUAAUCCGAGAUACUCAAAAUUUAAGAAAUGCAAUUAAAGCUGGAAGUUCAGACGUAGGAUUAACCGAUGCAAAAAUUAAUGGUCAUAUUGCCUCUUGGCUGAGACAAUCUGCAGAAAGAGAAAAAUCUCGAAACAAGAAAAUAGCCGAGUAG